UGAACGAAUGGCGAACUGACUUGCAUGAGAUUCUACAAUGACUAAGCAAAUUUUUCCUGAAAGCGUGAAAGGUAAAAGAAAAUUGAAGUUUCGGUGGCUACACGACAUUGAAACUUGAAAGAAUUCUGUUGCGAAAAGUUUUCAUGGAAGGAAAACGAUCUAUAAAAAUGGAUCCACUUUCGCCAGGCCCCUGUUUGGAUAUUAGUGACGAUGAACUGGUGACAAUAUCAGUCAGAGAUCUGAACAGACAGUUAAAACUACGAGGUCUAUCACGGGAAGAAAUUGUACGUAUGAAACAACGUAGACGCACAUUGAAAAACAGAGGAUACGCAGCCAGUUGUCGAAUCAAAAGAAUCGAACAAAAGGAUGAGCUAGAAUCAGAAAAAACACAGGAAUACCGUGAUAUGGAAGCUAUGCAGGAAGAUAACAAUCGUAUGAGAGAAGAAAUAGAAUCCUGGCAUUCUAAAUAUCAAGCAUUGAAAAAAUUUGCGGCAGAGAAAAAGAUUCACAUUCCACCCGAAUUGGAAACAAUGUAAAAUAAUUCAAAUACGCAAGUGCUGUAACGUAAUAAAAGUAUUGGAUUUAAAAUAAUCCUAUAUGAGAGUUUGGGAUACAGAGGAAAUCUAUGAUAU